UCCUCAUGACAAGAGCUGCUGGUUAUAUUUGUAAACAGUACAGAACUGUCUGGUGACUGGAAGGUGCUAGAAAGAAACAUAAGUGAAGAGACUGUGAGCUAAGCACUGGACAAGCCACUAAGAAUUUUUAUUCCUGAUAGCUACAGGCAUCUCUAGUAAGCUUUCCUUUUUUAUGUGCCAGUAUUCUCUGACCCAUGAUGCACUGUCUAAAGCACUUAGGAACGUCCAGUGCGAGAAAGCUGCUAGUUAGGCCAGCGGGGAAAUGGAUGAGAGCUGGAGGCAGCGGUGGACGUCUGUUUCAAAGGCAACUUAUCCAGCUGCUGCGAACAAGCGCAGUAUCACCUGUGCAUCCAUACCAUCAACAUGUGGUCCAGGACAACAAUACAGAGGUGGAAAGGAAGGGAUCAUUGACGGGGCUGGAAGAUCUACUGUUUUACACAAUUACUCAAGGAGAGGAGAAGAUUUCUGUGGCUCGCUUCAUCAGCGUUCUGAAGAGCACAGGGUUGUUGACCUCAGACCCUCGACUCAAGGACUGCAUGCACCAGCUUCACCAGGCAGUGUACGAGUCUGCUGGUACAGCAGUGAUGGAUCAGGAACUUUUCAGAAAAUGUGUGGGCAGCAAUAUAGUCCUGCUUACUCAAGCCUUCCAGAAGAGGUUCAUUAUCCCUGACUUCAUAAAUUUUGCAUCCAGUAUUGACCAGCUGUACUACAACGCACAAACCCUGCAAGAGGGCAAGGUUUCAGACUACAUCCCUCAACUCGCUAAAUUCAAUCCUGACCUAUGGGGAGUGUCUUUGUGUACAGUCGACGGUCAGAGGCACUCUGUGGGAGACACACAAGUGCCAUUCUGUUUGCAGUCAUGUGUAAAGCCACUCGAAUAUGCUCUGGCUAUCAAUGAAUUAGGGACCGAACAUGUACAUAAAUAUGUAGGAAAAGAGCCCAGUGGCCUCAAAUUUAACAAAUUGAGUCUAAACGAGGACGACAAGCCUCAUAACCCCAUGGUGAACGCAGGGGCCAUCGUCAUCAGCUCUCUUCUGAAGCCUGGGUCCAAAAAGGCAGAGAAAUUUGAUUAUAUGAUGGAUUAUGUGAAGAGAAUGGCAGGUGGAGAGUAUGUGGGUUUCAGCAAUGCCAUGUUUCAAUCAGAAAAAGAAACGGGUAAUAGGAACUUCGCAAUUGGUUAUUAUCUCAAGGAGAAAAAGUGUUUUCCCAGUGGAGCAGACAUGAUAGCAGCACUUGAUUUCUACUUUCAGUUGUGCUCUAUUGAGGUGACAUGUCAGUCAGGAAGUGUCAUGGCUGCCACUCUGGCUAAUGGAGGGAUCUGUCCAAUCACAGGCGAGCGUGUACUGAGUGCUGAAGCUGUGAGAAACACUCUGAGCCUGAUGCAUUCCUGUGGCAUGUACGACUUCUCUGGACAGUUUGCCUUCCAUGUGGGCUUGCCGGCUAAGUCAGGAGUGUCCGGUGCUGUGCUUUUGGUGGUUCCUAAUAUCAUGGGUGUGAUGUGCUGGUCUCCGCCUCUUGACCGCGUGGGCAACAGUAUGCGAGGCAUUCACUUCUGUCAGGAGCUGGUUUCUGUCUUUAACUUCCAUAACUAUGACAACCUGAGACACUUUGCCAAGAAGCUGGACCCUCGUAGACAGGCUGGCCACGAGAGGAAUAAGGCUGUAAUUGAGCUGAUGUUUGCUGCAUACAGUGGAGAUGUGUCAGCACUCAGAAGGUUUGCUUUGUCAGCAGUGGAUAUGGAGUUGAGGGAUUAUGACUUUCGGUCUGCUCUGCACGUGACCGCUGCAGAAGGCCAUUUGGAAGCUGUGAAGUUUUUAACAGGGACAUGCCGAGUGAACCCACAUGUUAAGGACAGGUGGGGAAACACACCUCUGGACGAUGCAAUGCAAUUUGGUCAUGAGAAUGUGGUAGAAGUGCUGAAGGAAUAUCAGCGCAUUUACUCUCACACACUCAUGCCUCAGGAGAUCAGCUCACAAGCACACGCACUGGACGCAGAAGAUCUCAGGAACAUGGAGACUCUGGAGGGGUUUGUGUGAUAGAUGGCAUUGAGAGGCAUGUGGUACACUGCCACACACAUAGAUCAUGUAAUGGCUGGCUGUUGAUAUUGCCGUAGAUAGCAAAGGGAAGUUUGAAUCCGUUCCCCAAACUGAUUCUUUUGAAUUGUCACUUUAAAUUAAUCAAACGUCCAAGUUAAUGAUUUAUUGAUUCACAGUUCAGCUCUAUUCUCAUUUACUCUGCAUUCAAUUACGUUUGUCACUUUAUUGUCCUCUGCUACAUUUGUUUCUCCCCAAUGGCCACUGGGAUAGGCUCCAGCACACCCCAUGAUCCAAGAAGAUAAGUGGUUUAGAUAGGUUUAGAUAAUGUGUGUGUGCUUCAUAAAUGUCUGCUACCACUUCUAGUCACUAGAAGCACACACAGCACAAAGACGUAACAGACAGAGAAAGCUAACUGAGAGACAAUGUAAGCAUAUUCAAAAAGUGUUUGUAAUAUGAUCAAAUUUUAUAUGUUUACAUUUUAAAAGAGUAAUUUUGGACAUCACUAUUACUGUCCUGCUGCGAUCUUAGACUAGACUUAAUCUGGUCUGGUUUGGAAGGAGUCCCUAAACAUCUAUGUCAUGAUUUCUGAAGGUCAGUAAAGGAGGACUGUAUUCUCAGGCUAGUCCUGUUUGUUUAUUUGCCUUCUUCAAUUCUCAACACGACUCAAGGUGUGAGAGAGAACCAGGAACCAGAACUAUACCAAAACUCUGUGGGCUGAUUUCCCAGAUAUGGAUUAAGCCUAGUUUUGGACUAAAUGAUAACUCACCUUUGAAAACGCUUUUUAGUGUAGGUUAAAAUGGGUCUAGGAAUCUGGAGUAAAUUUGGAGUAAAUGCUAGUAAAACUGCUUGUUAAUUUAUAUAAUCAAUAAAGAACAUUAUUUAAAAUCAUUUUUUAGCACAGCAGUACCACUACCAUGCUUUAAUUUGUUGGCAUGAUGUAAAGCUGCCUCUAUACAUUUGAAAUGUGAUCAUCUUACGUACACUUAAGAGAGGGAUGAAUGCUGUACAGUAGACACUGUGCAUUCAGUGCUCAUGUUGUAUAUUUGUAAAUAUGUAUCUGCAUAUAAUGCACUGAAUAUAUGUAUAUGUAUGCACAUGUUUGUAUUUAUGCUUUUAACAUUACAAAAUGCCCUAGAUGCAAUAUUAUUUAUUACAGGCAGAAUGUGUGAGGUGUGGGAAUCUCAAGCAGAACGCAAGUUGGUGUUGUAAUACAAGAACUCAUAGAUACAAUUUACUGUAUAUUGUUUGUACACAAGUAUAAAGUCACUGUCAUGAAAACAGAAUAUUUGUUUGUCAUUUAAAUUGAAAGUUGAACGUUGAUAAACUCUCUUAAAACUUUACAGGUUUGGAGAUGUAGACAGUGACAAUGACCCUCCUCUUAGCUAAGGAGCUGAAUGUAUGGUAAAACUGAGCAUAUGAAAUAUAAAUAAAGAUGGUCACUUCCAAAGA